ACACCCAUUUUCUCAACUCUCAUACAUCUUUAUCUGCUAAUUCUUUCUCUCCUCAAGUUGAUAUUUCUCUUUUUUUAAUACUCUGGGCCAUAAUCUGCACCAGGCUACCACUAGGCACCUGUGUCUUGUUGCAAAAACGACCAGGAACCAAGUUUGGUACUACUGUCUCCUAUUUUGAUGAUAUCUCAAUUGAAAAGGGAAAGAGAAUGAAUCUGGAAACAAUUUUAAACAAUGGAAGGCAGAAAGGAGCAAACAAGGGGCGAGAAUCAAGUCUGGGAGGGGCUGGUCUUCGAUUAGAAGUGAAACUACUGGCCCCCACUGAUGAGAGGUCUAAUGAGGUCUCCUACCCUCAACUGGUGUCCAAGAGGAUUAGGGAACUGGGCGUGGCAGUGGGUGGAGUUGGACCUCAAAAACAAGAACCACCUCCAUUUGGAAAAGAGACCCUCCCUCUACUGCCGGGAGAAGACGAUGAAGACCAGAAACUGGCCGCCAUUGCGAAGAAAUUCGAAGAAAAAUACGGUGCAAGCACACAGGAUCUUGUUGAUAUUGGUGAAGGUUAUGAUACUAAUGAUUCAUUUGUUGAUGACUCUGAACUAUAUGAAGACUAUGUUCCUCCUCAAGUUGAUACCAUGUUCGGAGGGUUCUAUGUCAACACUGGAGAACUGGAGUUCACUAAGAAUAAGAACUUAACCGAUUUUGGAUUAUCAGCUAAGAGCAAGGAAGAAAAGCCUAAAAAACGUCACAUGAACACUCCUCAAGCAAUAGCAAACAAGAAAUUGAAACAGGCUAAGAGACAAAUGGCUGUUUCAUCAGCUCAGAGAAGUCACAUUUUGAAAAAGAAACUGACUUUAACUUCACCAGCGAUUGAAGAAAAGAAGCAAGCACCGGUUGCCAUGGAAACAGGUCCUAGCCCACCUCUAAUUAUUAAUGAGGAGACUGAAUCUAGCAUAGGAGCAAUAGAUAGUAAAACUACCUGUCCUUCAUUGCCUGAUGGACUGCCGCUAACAUUAAUUAAUAAAAUUAAGCAAAUAGAAGAGUCCCUCUCAGUGGAUCAUGCUAACAGUUCAACUGGUAAACUAACUUGUAAAGUGAAGACCAGUUAUGAUAAGCAACUAGUGGAUAUUGAUAAUGACUGCAAAUCACUUAAAAUAAAGACGAGAGUCACUGUGUUGGAGUAUUUAGCUUAUAAAUUUGGUAUAAACAGAACCUCAUUAAUGAACAGAAUCAAACGAGUUUUGAAGAAACAGGAAACUGGUAUUGUUGACUUAGAUGCUGCACUUGCUCAAUUAAAAGAAGCUGUCAACUUGGCAAUGCUUCCAUUAUUAUCGAAAUAUAAAAUUGAUUUAGAAAAAUACGAAACCGAGAGAAAACAAUUGGAGGACACUCCCACUCCUGCAGUGAAGGUUGAAUCCCCUGGAGAUGAUCCUUCACCAGCUCCAGUUGUUGCUAACGGGAAAAAGUUACAGAAACCACAAAGAAAGUUUACAUGGACCGAAAGAAUUAGGUUGCUAUUGGUUACUGUUGUCAAGGCUAAAGUUGAGAAAGAGCUAAUGAAUAAAACAAGAACACAAACUGGAGAAGAAAUAAUAUUAGAAUUUAUUGAAACUCACGUAAGACCACUGUGGCCUAAAGGCUGGGUCCAGAAGAAGGCACUCUAUAAAAUGACUGAAUCAGCACAUUUCAAACUAACACAAUCAGAUUCACAACUCAAGAAACCAGUACAAGUUAAAAAGGAGAAGUUAUUAAAAGACGAUUCAUUAACUCAAUCAUCAUCAGUAGUAUCACAGGCUAGUAUAACCACACCCACUACUAGUGACGUUAGUCUAUCACAGAAAGGAACUGGCUCAACUACUUUAGUCAAUACACCUCAAAUAUCUCAAACUAGUCCAAUUAAAGCCACACCCACUUUAAUUAAAGGAAGAGCGGACCUGACCACGCCCAUUAUAAAGACAGCCACACCUCCUUCACCUCAUAAGAGGGUGGGGCUGGCCACACCUCCUAAAUUAGUAUCACCAACAGUUAAUAAAUCACCUCCAGUUGAUUUCACUGAUUUACAGACUAAGUUGAAAUCAAUUCCGCCAAUUAUCAUUAAAGGAGCUUCGCCUAUUGCUAAUCUGGGCAUGGCUAAAGGAGCUACCCCGCCCCCACUAUUAAUUAAAGGAGCUUCCCCUAGUGUGGGUGUGUCAGUUCCUUCAUCGAGGAGUGUCAUUACUGGUGCUACUAAGGACACGCCCUCUCAUACUAAUGUCAUUACUAGUCGUGGAGUGACUCCGCCCAGUAAAGUCACACCUCCUAGUAUUGAUCCACGUCAUAAAGUUGUUAAAAAGUCGGCUAAAGUCCAAUCGGUUCAACUACCGAAACAAACUAUUGAUGCUUUACUGUCAGUACUUAAAAACACUAACUCUAGUAUUUAUACAAGCGAUCUUGCUCAGUUGGUUACCGUGACAACUCGGCAGCAAACCACCCCCACCCAAAGGCCUGUGACUCUGUCUCCCACUCAGUCUUCAUUACGUAUUGUUCAAGCUCCUCCCCCUGCCACACCUCCUUCAACAAUACCAUCAGUCCACCCACUGACUGAUCACUAUUAUGUGACAGGACCUUCUCCAGUUCAGUAUGUACCAGCCAGUACCAGUGGAGUGAGUUUAAUAACUAGUAACUUUAUUAAUAAAACCAGUAGCAAUAACUAGUGUUAAUAACUGGUUUUAGUAACUAGUAUUGUUAAUUCUUCCGAAUAAUAGUUAAAUUUUAUUAUUGCAUAAUGUGUAUUAUUAUUACUUUGUUGCUAUUGUUAUUAGUAUCUUAUCUUGUGUUUUUGUUCUGCAAGUUUUCAAAAAA